UCAGUAAACUUUUGCGGUAAUAAUUACCAACAUCGUUUCCCUCUAGACGAGUGUAUUCAAUCCCCAAUCCAAUUCAUUUUCAAAAGCACUCCAGUAGAAUAUACCACUGCCAUUUUCUGCAGUGUUUCGAUUUUGAUUAUACGAUACUCACUGUGAAAAUACCAAUUUUGUAACAUUUCUCUGUCGUAACGUUUGUUGUGGUAAAGUUGAACUGUAAUUUCGCAAAGUACCUGUAAUAUUCUCUUCCCACGGCUAAUCAUUUGCCAGGCUUAACAAAUUUGUUUACCGUCCUUACAGCACUUUCUGCGAGUUUUACAGUGGCUGCCUCUGACGAACACAGACAAGUCUGUCAAAUCAAUGUGCUCUGACAGGUUUUUUUAUAUUACCUGUCGCUGCAGUUAUAUCUUACAGUUUUAAAAUUACUUUUGGGGCUAUUAUUCAACGAACAGGAAGUAAUGCAAUGAGAGCUGGGAAUUGGAAACUUUAAUUCCGGAUUGCCCUAUAUCGAAACUGAUUUAACUUCACUACGUAUGCAGCAGUCAGAGUAUCUUUGUCAUUUAAUUUAGUAUUUCUAAAAGGAAACCAUGCCAAACAAAAAUAUUAUAGGAGCUGAUAUGUUCCAUUGCAGUCAAAGCUUUUUACAUUUAAAUAGACUAAUGUCACAUUCUUCCAUUAGGGCUUUAACAACACUGAAAGUUAAACUGAACACUCUUUCCCUUUUAGACCUUAUGAGAUACAAAGUCCAGAAUCAGAAAUGCAGUCGAGUUGGGAGAGUGCAGGCAUGUCCUGUGAUCGGGCAGAAGACUGCACCCUUGUGUUCUUUGACUUGGAGACCACUGGACUGGGUCUCAGACAUGAUGGAGAAUAAAGAGAAUAUCGGGGAUUCAUUAAACAGCAAGGCGAGUGAUAAAGGCACACCAUUGUUAGAAUGUGCCGGCUGUCUCCCAAGCCCAGCUCCUGCAGCAGACCAGCACAUCCCUGUAGAAGAUCAUUCCAUUGUCUUCUUUGACUUGGAGACCACUGGACUAGGGUCAAACUGUGACAUUAUCCAGCUGUCUGCUGUCUGCAUGGAAAAGACCUUCGAUGUCUACAUGGUUCCCAGAACACCGAUCGCGAAGGGGGCGUCUGCUGUCACUGGAUUCACCGUCAGGAGACACAAGCUGUAUCUGCAUCGCCGUCCUGUGCAGACGAAGACCCACAGGGACUGUUUGAUGUCAUUCCUGGCCUUCCUUCAAGCAUUGAACCGGCCUCUGCUAGCAGGUCACAACAUCAAGAGGUUUGAUUGCCCUAUUUUGGCCAGGGCUCUUGAAGAAUUCCAACUGAAUGAGGAAUUCAAGCUACUGGUCUCAGGCUUCCUGGACACCCUUAUCUUAAGCAAAGACCUUCUGCAGAACACUGGCAUCAAGAGUUUUAAGCAGGAGAGCCUGGUUAAGGAGCUUCUGAAGAAAUCCUAUCCUGCACACAACGCUCUGGAAGAUGUCAAAGCUUUGCAGGAUCUCUGCCGUGUCCUAAGGCCUACCCCAACGCAAAUAACCAGCCACCUAUUCACUCUUGACCAGAUGGAAUCUCUUUCAUCGCUGCAGCCUUUAGUGGAGGAGAAAGCCAUCUCCAAAACCACAGCUCAGAAGCUGGCAAGACUCGGGUACAGUUUUGAAAAGAUGAAGCACUCUCACUUGCAAAAUCCCAGUGAGGGGCUGCGGCAGUUUCUGGAGCCAUUGAAAGCAGAGCUGAAGAACAGCAUGUUCACAAAAACUGUGGACAAAAUCUGUGAAUUUUUUAAAAUAGAGCACUAGACUGGGUUUGGGAGUUAUACUGCAGAGCAACUUGUUUAUAUCAUUAAAUUUGUACCUCUGUUUUCCAUGCCUACUAGAAAGGAGAAAAAAUAGGUUUUAUUUUAAAUGUUUUAGGUUUGCUUAAGAUACCUGCUGUAUAUUAUUUGUUAAUUAUGAAUAAA